CACACUUUCACUUUUAACAGAAACUGAGCUGUUGUCCCUUUUAAACAUUUAGUCUUCACGAAAGGAAAAAAAGGUUUAUUUUCCAGUGUGUCUCCAGCUUCUCAACAUAUCCACAAGUUUGUCUGCCUCUGACAAUGUUGUCCUGCUGUUUUAGAUGAUACAACUCACCUCAUCGCAAAUCUCAGUGAGACGGUCUUCAGUUCGGGAAAAUGUUCAUCGUGCCAUAUAAAAUGACUUCAGGAGGAAAUUCUUUGACAGCUGCAGUGUUGCUGAUAAUCAUGACGUGUGGCCUCACUUUCUCGUGUAAUUCAACAAAUUAUCAGGCAGGAAACAUAUGCUGUCCAAGGUGUCCUGCAGGAAGGCGAGUCCAGACAGAUUGUACAGAGGAUGUGAGCACUUCCUGUGUGCCCUGUGGGGAUGGAACUUACAUGGAUAAGACCAAUGGCCUGAAACAAUGUACUCAUUGUACAAACUGUCAUCCAGUUUCUGGCCUGAAGCUAAAGAGGUCAUGUACAGUAACAUCAGAUGCAGUUUGUGAACCACUGGAGGGAUUCUACUGUCUUGACCAUACAGGUGUUAGCUGUGGGGCAGCGCAUGAACACAGACACUGUCAACCAGGACAAUACAUCAGCAAAACAGGAACAGCCUAUACAGACACUGAGUGCUCUGAGUGCCCCAAUGGGACAUUUUCAGAUGGAACUUUCAAGAUCUGUCAGCCACACAAACUGUGUGAAUCCCUAAACCUUCGGCUGAUAACACCAGGAAAUGCUACAGCUGAUGCUCAGUGUGAAGAACAACAUAAUAAUUUGACAGAGUCUUGGAUCAUCAUUGUCUGCCUGUUACUGAUUGUAUUAAUUGUAUUAAUUGUCAUACUUAUAACUUUGUUUUAUUUCAGAAAAAAGAUUCCAUGUCUGAAACGAGGGCAUGCUAACCAACAUGGUACGUUUGAAUGUGCACUGUUACACAUGACAACUUCUGACAAUGAAAAAAGAAACGAACACACUGAAUGAGAUUCCAUGAGCUGCAGAAGUUUAACAUCAUCUCCAACUGGAUGCUGGGACAUUGUGUCUACAGUGAACAGACAUAAAGCUGCAAGUUGAUUUUCCAGAUUCACUCAAUCUGGAUUACUCCCUGGAAGAUGGACUUGAUCUGAGGACAAACUGCUAGAACAGAAAACAAUGAGUACCAAAGGAGUCUCCUCCUGCUGUUCGUUAUAAAGAAUGCAUAAUCGGCACAUGCAAUGGGCUUAAUUUUUGAGAUACCCUGAGUCUACAUCAAUUUUUUUUUUUAUCCACUUACAUUUGUGUUUCCAACUGAUUUCACCUCCAAGGUUUCAGAAUGUCAAGUCCCAGUUCAGAUAGUACUGCAGACUCUUGUGCUUGAUUUGUCAACGCAGAUUAUGUGACUUUAUAACAAUAAAGAAAACUGUGUUUAUCCACUGACAAUGACAUAUACCUUUGCUGAUGUUAACACACCUGUAAAUCAUUGC